CUAGAGUGUCUCUAAUGUGUCUCUAGUAUGCUGGAGGUAUUACUUUUAUUCGCACCUCUUUUACUGUGUGUGCUGGACUUAACCUGCAGAAUCCAUGUGUGUGUGUGUGUGUGUGUGUGUGUGUGUGUGUGUGUGUGUGUGUGUGUGUGUGUGUGUGUGUGUGUGUGUGUGUGUGUGGGUAUAUAUAUAUGUGUAUGGACCUGGGUUUGUCUGGGGGGUCCUCUGUAUUUACUUUUGUAAAUAAUACUAUUAAUAAUAAAUGUUCUUCCUGUCUGCAGAUACGACAUCUGCAUCUACAAGAACAAGCCCUGUGGAACUCUAGGGCUGGCUGCAGUGGGAGGGAUGUGUGAGCCUGAGAGGAGCUGCAGCAUCAAUGAGGACAUCGGCCUGGCCACAGCCUUCACCAUCGCCCAUGAGAUAGGACACACGUUCGGGAUGAACCACGACGGCGUCGGGAACGCCUGCGGCUCCCGCAGCCAGGAGACGGCCAAGCUGAUGGCCGCCCACAUCACCAUGAAGACCAACCCCUUCGUCUGGUCCGCCUGCAGCCGCGACUACAUCACCAACUUCCUGGACUCCGGGAUGGGCCUGUGUCUGAACAACCUGCCGCCCAAACAGGAGUUUGUGUACCCCACCACGGCGCCGGGCCAGGCCUACGAUGCAGACGAGCAGUGCCGCUUCCAGUACGGCGUCAAGUCGCGGCAGUGUAAAUACGGGGAGGUGUGCAGCGAGUUGUGGUGCAUGAGCAAGAGCAGCCGCUGCAUCACCAGCAGCAUCCCGGCGGCCGAGGGGACCAUCUGCCAGACCAACACCAUCGAGAAAGGGUGGUGCUAUAAGCGGAUGUGCGUGGCCUACGGAACGCGUCCUGAAGGUGUCGACGGGGGCUGGGGUCUUUGGUCCCCGUGGGAGGAGUGCAGCCGGACCUGUGGGGGAGGCGUGUCCUCCUCGAUCCGACACUGUGACAGCCCCAGGCCGACUAUCGGUGGAAAGUAUUGCCUGGGGGAGAGAAAGCGCUUCAGAUCCUGCAACAUAGACGAGUGCCCCGUGGGCUCGCAGGAUUUCCGAGAGAUUCAGUGUGCUGACUUUGACAGCGUUCCGUUCCGGGGAAAAUUUUACGCAUGGAAGCCGUACCGGGGAGAGCCUCCUCAGGGCCUCCUCAGGGGCCACGGCUCUGAGGAGGCUCUAGGGGCCGUGGCCCCUGAGGAGGCCCUGAGGAGGCUCUAG